AUGGAACUGGAACCAACCUUUUUGAACUCUCAGCAUUUGAACAACGACGGUGUGAUCUCCUCUUGGCACACUAACAUAUACUUUCAAGAUAAUUUUAUAGUAGAUAAUUGGGAUUUCGAUAAAAUAAUUGUACUGCCACCAAAAUUUCCAGGAAGCUUGAGGUUUGAAUUGGAACUGAAUUUUAACGAUAGAGAGCCUCUGGCGAAUGAUACAAAAUAUUUGAAGUUAUUUCAACAAAUUAAGACUACUUGUGUGAACGGUUUCAGAGCAAUCAUAGAAGAUAAAUUGAAUUAUUCAAUUGAACAUGUGGAAGAUCAAAACAGACCCUAUUCUAUUGUUUUUAAUUUGAAUUGUAACGUCUGUACUGUUAAUAAAGUUCAAACUCUUUUGGAAGAGCCCAUCAAAAAAUUCAAUCAUCUUGGAAAUGAAAUCAAGAUUGUUAAUUUGACAAAAGUAAAAAUUUUGGCAGACUUUUAUUUCCAUCAGGCUACGUUCAAUGAUUUAGAAUAUGAUGAUACGGUAUAUCAAAUGAUCAAAUCACAUAUGAAUGAAUAUUUAGCAUCUUUAUUCCUAUCUCAAUUGGAGAUAAACUUCCCUAUUUGCUUCUCGAAAUAUAUUAGAGAAUAUUUAUCAGCUAAUAUUUUAGAAUACCCUCAAAUAUCAUUCAUUCUCUCUAAUUCUUCGAAACUAAUUCCUUACCUAAUAACGAUUCUGAAAAAUGAUAAUAACUUUAAAACCAUUUUUAAAAUUUUGACAUAUAAAAGCAAAAAAGUCAAAGAUAAUGAGGAAAUGUUUUUAAAAUUUCUGUGUGAUUAA